AUCAGCCCUAUUUUUUUCAUCUUUUCUCCUCUCCGCCUCUCACUCGUCUCUCAUCACUUCUUCUCCUGCGAUACUCUUUUCCCCCUUAAUGGUAGUGGACGUCACUGUCUCUGGAAGCACCACCACAACCCUUUCAUGGUAAGGAGAAACAUCCAUGUACUGGGUCCAAGGGCGGACCUGGGAGGGAUUAUAGGGGCAAUUGACUCUCUAGAUUUUGGGGGAAAAAAUCUUUUCCUUAGCUUUUUUUUUCUUAGCUUUUUUUUAUUAGAAAAUACCCUAUAAAUUUUAUUUUUGACCCACUAACCCAAGUCGUCUUGAUCCGUCCCUGACUGGGUUUGCCCAGAAAACCUACAAUUAAUUGAUCGAUAGUUUGUUAAACGUUCGCCUCAAUUAGCAAAACGAAUGAUCAAAUCGUUGAGGUUCAGCUCCUCUCUCUCUCUCCCUCUCUCCCCCCCCCCCCCCCCCCCGAGAUCGGCAAGGUGCAAAUCUGCAAUCGAGAAUGAAUUACUGGGUGUAUGGAGAGUGGAAUCCCACCGGGAAGUUACUUCCAGUACUCUCCUUCUGGGGUUCAUGGUUCACUUCAAAGGUCUUCAUCUCUUACAGAUCGUGAAAGGCCAAGCAGGAAAGCCUAUGUCAAUAAUGUCUCAGAUAGAACUGAAGUAACUGGAAUAGAUGCUGAUUUGCGUAGAUCAAGCAUGGAAGUUGUCACAGUUGUUCAAUUACCUCUCAUUUUUUGCGAUUUCUUUGUGAAUUGUAUUUGAGAAAUUGUCACAAUUAGAAGCCGUGCUCCCUUUUUAGAUAGUGGUGUAUCACAUUUAAUGUUUUACUAUAUGAUUCAGAAAUUUGUAAUGAAAUUAUCAAAUUUAUGCAAUUUCAAAAUUUGUUCA